AGUGGCAAUAACAUGCGAUGCAUGGACAUCAAUUACAACAGAAUCGUAUGUCACUAUUACGGCACACUACAUUACAGAUGAGUGGAAGCUUGCAGCUUGUGUUCUGCAAACGCGUGCUAUGAGCGAAAGUCACACAGGGGCGAAUAUUGCUGAACUACUGCACAAUGUUUCAGACGAAUGGAAAAUUCGGAACAAAGACUUGGUUUUGGUGAGUGACAAUGCCUCUAACAUGGCUGUUGCAGCACAGCUCGGCAAGUUUUCACAUGUUAGAUGUUAUGCGCACACACUGAAUUUGGCUUCCCAACGAGCGCUGAAGUUGCCGUCUGUGUCAAGGUUGUUAGGGAGAGUGAGGCGGAUCGCGACUUUUUUCCACCGCAGCGCAAUUGCAAACCAUCAGUUGAAGGAGAAGCAAAAACAACUAAAUCUUCCGUCUCACAAACUGAAAUCAGACGUCAUCACUAGAUGGAACAGCGCAUACGAGAUGCUUGAAAGAUUUCUUGAACAACAGCCGGCUGUCUGUGCUGCGUUACUAUCACAGGAGGUGAGAAAAGGAGCGGCUGAAAUCUUCACUCUCACGGAAUCCGAUAUUUCAUGCAGUGAGGAUGUGAUAACUGCUCUUAAGCCUAUGAAAGAUGCCACACUUCUGAUGUCAGAGGAGAGCAGCCCCACUGCGUGUUUAAUUGCCCCAUUGCAUGCUAAACUGAUCCAGGACAUGAAAGAAAACACUGAGGAAAAAUCAGUGAUGAUCAGGGAGAUAAAGAGGGUCAUAUGUGAGGACCUCAGCAAAAGGUACACCACUGACCAGGAGACUAGCCUUCUUAACAAAUGUGCUUCUCUCGACCCACGCUUUAAGGCACUGCCUUUUCUUUCCAAAGAAAAGAGAGAGGAAACUUACAAAACACUGAUCACUGAAGCUUCAUCAUUACAAGAGCAGGAAGUGCCUGACAAUCUAGAAGACAGCACUGUGAAAGAAGCCAACAUCUCAGUGAGCCCACAGCCUGAAGUCACAGAGUUGCAGGAUGACUGUCCUACUACUUCAAAAGGAAGAGCUUCAUCUCUGCUUCACAAUCUGCUGGGGCAGACCUUCUCUGAUGCUUCAGAUACACCAUAUCAUCAGUCACCCUCUGCCUUGGUUGAAGAGGAGAUGACCAGGUAUUGCAGUACCCCACCACUCCCUCUAACAGAGGACCCCCUCAACUGGUGGCAUGUCAACAAGGUGUCAUUUCCUGUGCUCUCCAAAAUGGCAAAGAGAUAUUUAUGCAUUCCAGCAACCAGUGUGUCUGCAGAGAGAGGGUCUUCUCCACUGCAGGUGAUAUUGUGACAGCACAGCGAAGCACACUUACUUCUGAACAUGUGGACCAACUGCUGUUCCUACACAAAAACUUAGUAUUAUAGUAUUAUAUAAGAUAAACUAUGGUAGGCCAGCCUAGAUGUUGAAUAUUUAAGUUUGUAUUUAAUUUGUUCCCUGACAUUUUUCUUCUGCAUUAGCCUGUUUUAAAGAUUUUUUUUUUGUGUGGCUCUAGACAUUUUUUGUUAAAAUGUUCAAAAUAAACUGAAAAAUUGUCACACUUUUGUUUUGUCACACAAAUUGAGUGUGUUUGAGUGUGCAAAUUGAUUACACAGUGUGCGUAUUGAUCACACAAAUUUUUUUUGUCACAUAAAUUGUCAUACAAAUUGAGAACUGUUUAUUCUUAAUGAUUGUUCAUUGCAAUUGUAUGGCUUACCAUUCAUUCAGAGUUUGUUAAUCCUGAAAAUAACUUUGUUAAUAAAUUAAAAGUAUUGAAAAAGAAAUAUUCAUAAUCAUUUUUAAUUU